AUGGGUAUUUCCAAAGUCUAUACCGAAGUGGACGACUUGUCGUACACCCAGAAGCACCUCAUGUGCAUUUUGGGUAUUCUUUUGCCACCUGUGCCCUUCUUCCUCAUGACGGGACCUAAGUACACAGUCAAGACCAAGGAGUUCUGGAUCUCCGUCUUCUUGAUGAUCUUCUUGUACAUCGUUGCAAUUAUCUAUGUUGUUUGGUUCAUCUACAUUGGCUUCGAGGAGGGCAGAACCGGCCUGUACCAUAGAUUGGCUGAGGACCCUGAACGUGCUGAACCAGCCCCUGAGAGCCAGCCUGCUCCUGAGCAGCAGUCUAAUGCUGAGGCUUCUCCUUCUCUUCCUUCUUAUGAGGAGAGCGAAGUCAACAGCUUCCCCAAGGAGAAUAAGCACUUGGGUGAUCACAAGAUUCAGCAUUAA